AUGGUGCUCGUGGCAAUGCUUAAUUAUAGUUCAGAGAAUUUGACCAGGAUUUUCACUGAACUGAAAUCCAAACAUGAAGAUCGUCGUCAAAAAGCAGCCAACGAACUACGCGAAACGGUGGCUACGGCAUCGCGAGAAUUAUCAGACGAACAUCUCACCCGAUUCACGUCGGAUAUAAAUAAACGAACUGCAGAACUUGUGCAUAGCACCGACAAUAACGAGAAACUGGGCGCCAUUGCCGCCAUUGACCGAUUGAUUGAUCUGGAACCUGAUGGCAACGCCAGUCGAUUCCACACCUAUUUACGUAUCAUGCUACCAUACAACGAUGCUCAGGUGAUGGUUCCAGCCGCUCGCGCACUGGGUCGUUCGGCGGUCAAUGCAUCCACAUUUACAGCCGAAUCCGUCGAUACGCAAGUGGAACACGCCCUUGAAUGGCUCCACGGCGACCGAAGUCGACUCGGCGCCGUGUUGGUGUUGCGUGAAUUGGCCGUCAAUGCGCCUACAUUAAUUUAUGCAUACGUCCACCGCAUUCUAGAGCUGAUAUGGGUUGCAUUACGGGAUUCGCGGCAGAUCAUUCGAGAAAAUGCCGCCGAUUGCUUGAGCGAAUGUCUGGAUAUUGUGCAGCGACGUGAAACGCCCAUGCGAAAGACUUGGUACAAUAAGAUUUGGACGGAGGCUAACAAGGGAUUACAGUUGCACAGUGCUGAGGCGACACAUGCGAGUCUUUUGGCCAUGCGGGAACUGCUGUUACAUGCUGGCAUGUUCAUGACGGACAUGUACAAGGAUGUAUGCAAUAUCACACUGGAAAAGAAAGACUCGAGAGAUCAACUGAUUCGAAAAACAGUCGUGACCAUGAUACCCACUCUUGCGUACUACGAUCCAUCCACCUUUGCGAAACUGUACUUGCAUAAAUCCAUGAGCCAUCUCCUGGGUCUCUUACGUAAAGACAGGGACAAACGGGACGCAUUCAUUGCGAUUGGCGACGUGGCUGAGCAUGUGAAGAGUAACAUGAAUCGCUAUCUGGAAGCUAUUAUAACAUGUGUCAAGGAGGCGCUGUCAGUAAAAGGCCGCCAGCGAAAGGAGGUGGAAACAGCAACGUUCGUAUGCAUCAGUAAACUGGCCACAGCUGUCGGACAAGCGCUAACGAAAUAUGUACACGACCUAUUGGAUCUCAUGUUCAAUUGCGGAUUAUCGGAACCACUUGUCGAUGCUUUGCGUAACAUUUCCAACCGCAUCAAACCCCUAUCACCAGUCAUCCAAGAUCGUCUUUUGAACGUCAUUUCCAUCACUUUAUGCGGUCAACCGUACAAACAGCCUGGAGCACCAAACAACCGCAACAUGAUCCAAGCAGUGGAUCGACCAAUCCGUGAAGGUGGCGCCAUCGAUGCCAAAGACCACGACAUUAUCGUCCAUGCUUUGAAAACACUUGGUUCAUUUGACUUUUCCAACCACGUCCUAAACGAAUUCGUACGCGAUUGCAUUGUGGAUUAUUUAGACGACGAUAUGCCCGAAAUUCGUAAAGCGGCUGCAGUAACAUGUUGUCAGCUGUUUGUUCGUGAUCCGAUAUGUAACCAGACAAGUGCGCAUGCCAUCAAGGUUGUCGGCGAAGUGUUGGAGAAGCUGUUGACCGUUGGUAUUGCGGAUCCAGACCCAGUGAUUCGGGAAACGGUGCUUUCCUCGCUCGAUGCACGAUUCGACCGCCAUCUAGCACAAGCCGAUAAUGUACGCUCUUUAUUUAUUGCACUUAACGAUGAGGUGUUCGCUAUCCGAGAAAUCGCCAUCAAGAUCAUAGGUCGUCUGACGACGUACAAUCCAGCCUAUGUCAUGCCUUCGCUUCGCAAAACGCUGAUUCAACUGUUAACCGAACUUGAAUAUUCCGUGGUCAGUCGCCAAAAAGAAGAAUCUGCCAGAUUGGUGUCGCUUUUGGUCGGUGCAGCACAGCGCUUAACGCGUCCAUACAUCGAGCCUGUGCUCAAAGUACUCAUGCCCAAAGCUCGUGAUCCUUCUCCCGGUGUUGUCUCGGCCGUGCUUGGCGCUCUUGGUGAACUAGCAGCCGUAAGUGGCGAAGAUAUGGUGCCGCAUCUGGACGAGUUGAUGCCGUUGAUUAUGGAGACGCUGCAGGACCAAAGUUCAAGUGCAAAACGAGAUGCUGCUCUGCAGACAUUGGGUCAACUUGCCAGCAACACUGGUUUUGUCAUUGAACCUUAUACCAAGUAUCCGGCUUUACUCAACAUCCUGAUCAGCAUAUUGAAGGCUGAGCAAAGUGUUGUGACACGUCGUGAAACAGUCAAGUUGAUGGGUAUUCUUGGCGCGCUGGAUCCAUAUCGACACAAAAUGAACGCUAUUGAGACGUCGAGUGAAGCAUUAGCAGACCCAAAACUCGCCAGCAAUGACGUGACACUGUUGAUGAUGGGUAUCAGCCCUUCUUCCGAGGAUUACUAUCCCCAAGUCGUCAUGCACUCGCUCAUGAAGAUCUUGAAGGAUCCAUCCUUAACAGCACACCACCAAGCCGCCAUCGAAGCCGUCAUGUACAUAUUCAACUCGCUUGGCUUGAAGGUCGUCCAGUUCUUGCCGGUCAUCGUACCCAACUUUCUGUCACUCAUGCGUUCGUGCAAUGCCAACAUGCUCGAAGGAUAUAUCCACAAACUGGGCGAUCUCGUCACCAUUGUCCGACAACACAUUCGCAAUUAUCUCAAGGAUAUCUUUGACUUAAUUGACGAGUACUGGAUGUCCGCAUCGCUGCAAAUAAAUAUCAUAUCCCUGAUCGAAGCAAUUGCCAAGGCUCUCGACGGCGAACUCAAGAUCUAUCUACCACGACUGUUGCCACAGAUGCUUCAAAUCUUCGAUAAUGAUCAAAGUGAUCGGCGCCAACCUACGUCCAAGGUCCUCAAUGCUUUCGUGGUCUUUGGAUCCAACAUUGAAGAAUAUAUGCAUCUGGUUAUUCCUGUCGUCGUCAGAUUGUUUGAAAAACCCGACGCUCCUGUCAAUAUCCGCCGUGAAGCAUUAACGACAAUUACCGCUUUAUCGAAACGAGUCAAUAUGUUUGACUAUGCAUCACGUAUCAUCCAUCCGCUGGCACGUGUCCUGCCUGUACUACCACUUGAAGCACGGAAUGCUGCCAUGGAAUUACUGUGUGCCUUGAUCUUUCAACUGGGAACGGAUUAUGCAAAGUUCAUACCCGCGAUUAACAAGGUGCUGACUCGAUACCGGAUCACACAUGCCAACUAUGAAUUAUUGGUGGGCAAACUCUUGAAAGGCGAAAAUCUUCCACAAGAGCUUGGCAAGGCUAUCAAUGAUAGAGAUGCUAAGGGUGACGAUACCCCUUCUGCCGAUAUGAGUGCGGCAAAGAAACAGCCAGUGAACCAACAGCAUCUCAAGAAAGCAUGGGAAGCGUCUCAACGAUCCACCAAGGAAGACUGGAUGGAAUGGAUCCGCCGUCUCAGUGUUGAGCUUUUGAAGCAAUCACCAUCUCACGCCCUUCGAGCUUGCGUCUUUCUUGCCAGUGCCUACACCCCUCUUGCCCGUGAGCUGUUCAAUGCAGCCUUUGUCUCCUGCUGGAACGAACUGUAUGAUCAAUACAAGGACGAACUCGUAGCCUCUCUCGAAACCGCACUUAAGGCACCCAAUAUCCCGCCUGAAAUCAUCCAGAUUCUCCUCCAUCUUGCUGAAUUCAUGGAACACGACAACAAUAACAAGAUGCUGCCAAUUGAUAUCCGCACACUGGCAGUGUAUGCGCAAAAAUGUCAUGCAUACGCCAAGGCCCUUCACUACAAAGAAAUGGAAUUCCAUCUCGAGCCCAAAUCGUUUGAAGCUGUCGAAAUGCUCAUGUCGAUCAAUAACUUGCUACAACAGCCCGAUGCCGCCAUGGGUAUCCUACGGUUCGCUCAAGACUCUCUCAAGCUUGAGCUAAAGACAUCGUGGUAUGAAAAAUUGCAUCGUUAUCAAGAAGCAUUGCGUGCAUAUGAGGAACAGCAGCGCGAGCAUCCCAACUCGAUGGAGUUCACUCUGGGUCGCAUGCGAUGUUUGCACGCUCUUGGCGAAUGGGAUCAGCUUUCGACACUUGCACAAGAAAAAUGGAUCCAUGCGCCACCCGAGAACCGCAAGAGUAUUGCGCCAUUUGCAGCAGCUGCUGCUUGGGGUCUUGGCCAAUGGGAACAAAUGGAGGAGUACAUUGCCUUGCUCAAGCAAGAAAGCCCCGACCGCACAUUCUUCCGUGCUAUUCUGGCAAUGCAUCGCAACCGGUACAAGGAAGCCGAGGAAUUCAUUUCCAAGACCCGCGAUCUUUUGGAUACAGAAUUGACGGCCCUGUUGGGUGAGAGUUACAAUCGUGCAUACGCUACUGUUGUCCGUGUGCAAAUGCUGGCAGAGCUAGAGGAAAUGAUUACGUACAAGCAAUCUGUCAAUGACCCCGAGAAGCAAUAUGCCAUCCGACGUACGUGGACCAAGCGUUUGGACGGCUGCGAGCGUAACAUUGAGGUGUGGCAACGUAUUCUGCGUGUGCGGGCUAUGGUAAUUGCGCCUCAGGACGACAUGGACACAUGGAUCAAGUUUGCCAACCUCUGCCGCAAGAAUGGUCGUUUCUCGCUCUCCGAAACAACCCUGCGCAGUCUCGUUGACAGCGAAGGUACCCCGCAUCCCAAGAUCAUGUAUGCACGCCUGAAGCAUAUGUGGCACUCUGCCUCACAAUGCACAAUCGCUGACCAGGCCAACGCCACGCGAACACGCGCAUUAACGGUCUUACGUGACUUUACUGCCCAAAAGACGCAAGACUUGGGCCUAAAUCCCGACGAUAUGGCAAUCAGCAUGCCCAUUGACACUACACGAAUUCCAGAGGAUGCUGUCGAGUACACACGCCUGUUGGCACGAUGUUACCUGAGACAGGGCGAAUGGCAACGCGGACUAUCGUACGAGUUCUCAGAGGAGAGCAACCAGGAUAUUUUGCGGUCGUUCCUUCUCGCAACCCGCUUUGACCAAAACUGGUACAAGGCAUGGCAUGCAUGGGCAUUAGCCAACUUUGACAUCAUCGACUAUCACGAAAGGCUGCACCAAGAAGAUCAACAGCCACCUGCGCAUAUUUUUGGCAUGUACAUCGUUCCAGCCGUUCAAGGUUUUUUCCGGUCAAUUGCCUUGUCCAAAGAGAACUCGUUGCAGGAUACAUUGCGCUUGUUAACACUGUGGUUCAAAUAUGGCUACCAAGCCGAUGUCGGUGCUGCCAUUCGCGAUGGUUUUGGCACGAUUAAUAUUGAUGUUUGGCUCCAGGUCAUUCCCCAGCUUAUUGCACGUAUCCACGCACCGAAUGCAGCAGUGCGAGGACUUAUUCACGAGCUGCUUACGGAUAUUGGACGCGAGCAUCCCCAAGCUUUGGUAUACUCACUCACAGUUGCCAGCAAGUCACAAAGUGCUACUCGGCAGCGCGCCACGCACGGCAUCAUGGAUAAGAUGCGGUUACACAGUGCUACGCUUGUGGAGCAGGCACUGAUGGUAAGUCAAGAGCUUAUUCGCGUGGCGAUCCUGUGGCACGAAAUGUGGCACGAAGGUUUAGAAGAAGCAUCACGUCUCUACUUUGGCGAUCGCAAUGUGGAUGCCAUGUUUGCCACGCUUGAACCAUUGCAUCAGAUGCUGGAUCGUGGGCCCGAGACAAUGCGUGAAGAAUCUUUUGUACAGGCGUUUGGGCGUGAUCUCCAAGAAGCUCAGGAAUGGUGCCGACGAUACCAAGAAACACGCGACUUGAAUAAUUUGAACCAAGCAUGGGAGCUCUACUACCAGGUCUUCCGUCGCAUCACUCGUCAACUCCCACAAUUGACCAGCCUGGAGUUGCAAUACAUUUCUCCUCGCCUUCUUGACGCCCGUAAUCUGGAGCUGUGUGUGCCUGGUUACUACCGCAGUGGUGAACCCAUUGUCCGCAUUGCCCGGUUUAAUACUAGUUUGACUGUGAUUCCAUCCAAGCAGCGUCCUCGUAAAUUGACAAUCAUCGGCAGCGACGGUAAAGAUUACAUGUACCUGCUCAAGGGUCACGAAGAUUUGCGACAAGACGAGCGUGUGAUGCAAUUAUUCGGUCUAGUCAACACCUUGCUCAAGAAUGAUCCGGAAACGUUCAAACGCCAUUUGAACAUUGAACGAUACCCAGCGGUGCCACUGUCGCCUAACUCUGGUCUCAUUGGCUGGGUGCCGGACACUGACACGCUGCAUACCCUGAUCCGCGACUAUCGCGAUUCGCGCAAGAUUCUUUUGAAUAUUGAGCAUCGCCUCAUGUUGCAAAUGGCGCCAGACUACGACAAUUUGACUGUGAUCCAAAAGGUCGAAGUGUUCCAGUUUGCGUUUGAAAAGACAAGUGGUCAAGAUCUAUACAGAGUAUUGUGGCUCAAGUCGCGCAAUUCCGAAGCCUGGUUGGACCGACGUACUAACUAUACGCGAUCGCUGGCGGUCAUGUCAAUGGUGGGCUAUAUUUUGGGCUUGGGUGACCGACAUCCGUCUAACUUGAUGCUGCACCGCGUCACGGGCAAGGUUGUCCACAUUGAUUUUGGCGACUGUUUUGAAGUGGCCAUGCACCGUGAAAAGUUCCCAGAAAAGAUUCCGUUCCGUUUAACACGCAUGCUGGUCAAAGCGAUGGAAGUGUCUGGCAUCGAGGGUAACUUUAGAACAACGUGCGAGCAUGUCAUGCGUGUGUUGCGUGAUAACAAGGAAAGCUUGAUGGCUGUGUUGGAAGCGUUCGUUUAUGACCCAUUGAUCAACUGGCGUUUGCUUAAUAACCCACAUGCCAGCCCUGCACAGAACCGAGAUGACCGAGUGCGAAGCAUUGAACGGGUAGCCAACGAGGACAUGCCAGAGGACGCACAUCGCAAUUUCUCUGUCAGCAGGAGAUUGAACCGUAUUGAAGUGGAAGCUGUGGCCAAUGAAAAUGCACAAGGACCUGAAAUGCUGAAUACCCGUGCGGUCGCUGUCGUGAACCGUGUAUCAAACAAACUGACCGGUCGCGACUUUAAUCCGAGAGACACAUUAGAUGUGCCCACACAAGUAGAUAAGCUGAUCCAACAAGCGACUUCACUGGAAAACCUGUGUCAGUGCUAUAUUGGAUGGUGUGCUUUUUGGUAA